CAACACAUUCUGCAGUGGUACAAUGUUCUAAAGUAAUUGCUGUAAAUCUUGCUCAUCAAAGUCGCUUAUUUUUGAGAAUAAUAAAAAGGGCCACAUCUAUUUGAGUUUUUGAACUAAUUCCAUCCAUUCUGCUGCAACAUGGAAACUAUUCACUCGGAACACUCUAAACGUGUGUAUCAAGGAGUCCGUGUCAAGCACACUGUCAAAGACCUCCUAGCGGAGAAAAGGUCCCGACAGACAAAUGUGUCCUUCAAGAAUAAUACUGGAACUAACUCUUCUCAAACAUCAGCUUAUGUCCAGAUGUCUGGUUCCCAUGUAAUACCUGGUUAUUAUGGAGUAAGAAGGCCUUACCUAUCAGAUUCUGAGCUAUCUCAUUGUCAUCCGUCUAAGCAGUACACUGCAGAUGUAUACUCUUCUUCUAUCAGCGGGAAGUCGAUUGGAUGUGAUCCACCGGGUGUCUCAGGGUAUCAGCCCCUCUUUGACCCAUACUUUACAGAAACAUUUGGAGACUACCGCACACCAACAUUCCCAUGUGUGGCAAAUUCCAUUUUCACGCCACAGGGCCCCCCACCUCUCAUUCCACCUUUUCCCAAUGAGUCAUCACAUUUUUUGCUGAGAGAUUCAUGGGAAAGUGUUCCAGACAGUGUCAUCCAGGGCGAAGGGCUUUGUGACACCCUCCAGCAAAUGCAGGCGACCGCGAGUAAUUGCCAGUCUUCACAAGAUAGUGGCCAAGCUCUGCCUGGUCCUGACUCCAGCUCUCCAUCUCAGUACAGGAGUACCAACAGGAGCAACAGCAUGUCAAGCCAGGGAUCCCAGCCAUAUCCACUUCACCCACUAGAGGAGAUGCAUUUUGCCUCAAGUUACCAAGCCGCCUCAACGUAUGGAUGUGCCCCUUUUAUGACUGUACCAUCGGAACUGGCUGCCAAGGUGGUCCAUCUCUCACCUGAAGAAUCUUCUGACAUAACAACUACUUCAAUGCACGAUGUCUCUUCUUGGGGAAAGGAAGAUGCCAGCAGCACCUGGCCUUUGUAUGAUGUCAGACGGACCUAUUAAGAUGUCUCAUUUGGCAAUUAAUUUGUAUAUUUAGUUGGAGGAAGGGCCAUGGUUGUGUUUUUCUCACGCUGUUGUGUGCUUAUCAUAGGACAAAACAAUCAAAAAUAAUCCACUUUUAAUUUUACAAUGGCAAAGGAGUGUCAGACAAAUUCUACCUAUUUCACUUAGUUGUAGAGUACACAAUAAGUUUUUAAUUGGAAAUGAGGAUAUGUAACGCAAGCAUUCAUUUCAACCUUGGUCACUGCCAAAAUACAAGUAAGUGAGCUGUGCUUUGUGAUGGUUAGCCAACUCAUUAACAUCUGGGCAAAUGCGCUUGGUAAAUGAGAACAAAAGAUCUUUAGAAAUAAGAACAUGAGUGGAUCAUAAACCCCAUGAAUCUGCUCCACCAUUCAAAAUGGCUAAUCUUCCUCCUCAACUCCUCUUUCUCCAUUUAUUCGUUUGGUUCCUUGAGACAUCAAACAGCUGUCCAUCUCAGUCUUGGAUAAGAGCAAUUACAACCCAUUGGGUAGAAAAUGCCAAUGAUUUGCAACUCUCUGAGUAGAGACCUUUCUCUUCAGCUCAGAUGCCUUAUCCUAAACCUUUGCUUCCAUGUUGUAGAUUCACAGCCAUGGGAAAGAGCCUGUCUGUCUGCACUAUCAAACCUUUCAGAAUCUUAAACGCUUCAAUGAGAUCACUUCAUUUACUUGGCUUCACGUCAUAGGGUUAAUUUAGAGGGAGUGUCCAGGGGAUUUGUCUUCUGUUUCUGUCGAACACACCAACGGGCUAAAAUGGGGUGACAGUUCCUAAGCCACUACUUCUCACUUUUUCUUACAAAAGACUCAGCCAGAAACUGAUAAUAUGGUCCCCAUAGAAACCAUGGAAAACUCAUCUGAGUGAGUUGCAGUCAAUUUCAAAAUUUAAACUUAACAAUCAUAAUGGUGUCAAAAGUCUAACCUCUUUGGUAGCACUGAAGAGACAUAUUUCUAUGGGUAUACACAUUGAAAAUCCUACAAUAAAGUUGGAAAGCUUUUAUAACUUCAGGUCUCUUUAACACUAUUGACCUUUGUAAGGCUGAUACAGAAUGUAAAGUUUGAGGGAGGUACAGCUCAAUCAAUCUGAUAUUUCAUUGUGUCCCAUGGUUCAUUACACAACUGAAAAUACCGUGACCAUGCAUAUUGCACAUAGAGAGUUCUCAGUGCUUAGUGAAGUAUCUUUGUGAACGCAAAGCACGCACAUGGCUGUAAUCAGAUACCAUGAUAGACUCUGAGCAUGACACCCAAGUGACUUACAACCAUUUCCAGACCCAUAAUGAGGCUACAGUCUUGCAAUUUGUCAAUAUAUUGCUGUAUAUUUUUGUACACGUACUGCAAGGAAUCUGGUUUAAUUGUGCGCUUUAUUUUGAUUUUGGAGUGUAGGAAGGUAGAAUGGCAGUUGCAUGGACUCUCUAAGAUGUUGAUGUUUACACUGAAGAGCUAUUGAUAUUGACAUGGCCACUACAAGCAUCCAUAGUAGUUGAUACCAGUGAAUAACAUAUUAGUAGUUUAGAUAUUGUGGGUAGAUGAAUAAAUGGAGUGUAUAUCCAAUAACACAUUAUUUUCCUGUUUUUAAGUAAAAGUCUUAACUGUAUGGUUUAUAUCCAAUUAUUAUUGAUAAAACAAAUUUUGACACUGAGUCUGUAAUGUAUGGGGCCAUGGAUAUAGGAAAUGGAAAAUGUUUCACUAUGGAAUAGUUGGUGACCUUCUGUGGUUAUGACAAAGAGAAUGGAACUUGAGCUGACACAUAACCAUGUUAUAGCUGAUUUGAGAGUGCUUGUAGCUGACAUUGGUUGUAAAUAUAGGAAUACAGGAACAGGAGUGGCCCACUUAGGACCUUGAGCCUACUGUAUUGUUCCAGAUCAUACUGAUUGUCCAUCGAAGGUGAACCAUCACAGAAUCCCGACAAUGUGGAAACAGGCCCUUUGGCCCAACAAGUCUACACACUGACCCUCACAGCGUCCCACCCAGACCCAUCCCCCUAUAACCCCCUAAUAUACACAUUCUUGAACACUAUGGGCAAUUUAGCAUGGCCAAUCCAGCUAGCCUGCACAUCUUUGGACUGUGGGAGAAAGCAGGAGUAACUGGAGGAAACCCACGUCGACACAGGGAGAAUGUGCAAACUCCACACAGACAGUCACCCAAGGGUGGGAUCAAACCUGGGUUCUUGGCACUGUGAGGCAACAGUGCUAACCACUGAACCACCGUGCUGGCCCAUGGUGUAAGGGUAUGAAAAUUAUUAUGUGGAAUUGCAUUGUAAACAUAAUAUUUUGUGUGAAUUCACGUGUAACUGUCAGGAAUGAUCAUUUUUUACAAUCAAAAAAAGAUUGGGAUGAGAGCAAAUCAUGAGCUAGUUGCAAAUUUCAACCAAUUUUAGGCAUCAUUUUGCUAUAAAAUAGGUGCCAGUUUUCUAUUUUCCAUUUUAUUUCAGAUUUCCAACAUCUGCAGUAUUUUGCUGUUCGGCCAAGCUCUCUAUCACCCGUUUUACCAGCGGCGGCUGUUAAUUUGAUCCAUUAGCCGUGACCAGAGUCAUUGUCAAUCCAAAUACCCAAAAUGUCACCAGUUGAGCACAAGAUUUCACUCACAUGCCAAAGAACUAAAGCCAUGUCCUUGGUAAUAUUAAGCUCUAAAUUGAGGGUAUGACCAAUGCAUUAGAUGAAUUAAAUCUCUCUUGUCCUUUUGGAAUAUGAAUAGUUGCUUUCAGAUGUUCCCUGCCUAAUGUCCAUCUGAAUUACUUUGAAGGCCUCACCACUAAUUUUGAUUCCUCACUUCUGUUUGUUUACUGCAGCUAUGAAUUAAAAUGUGCUGUGGAUUUAGCUCUUGUGUAAUACGAUUGAAAUAAAUUUGUGGUUUAA